AUGCGUGAUCAAUCCUUCGAUAACGUAAUCCUGAAGAACUCUUAUUAUUCAUCGGACAUACGAUACUCUCUGGAGAUGUGUCAAUGGACUCUGAAACCCAUCGGAAUAUGGCCUUUGAUCUACCACCGCGUCACCAGACGGGAUAAGCUGAUUUCCGCCGUGCUUCUGGUCCUCGGUUUCUCGUCCCUGUUCUUCGUCCUGAUUCCGUCGGGUCGUUUCAUAUUCUUCGAAGGACACAUCAGCACGAAAGUGGGUCUCUUCGGCCCCGUCGGAUUCUGUCUGUCCACCACCGUCAAGUACGUUUACCUCGCUCUGAGAGCGUCCAUCUUUGAACGCUGCAUCGAACACGUGGAGCGAGAUUGGAGAACGGUGGAGGACCAACGUCACCGUUCCAUCAUGCUAGAAUGUGCAGCGUUCAGCAGAAAAUUGAUCACCUUGUGCGCCGUUUUCCUGUACAGCGGCGGUAUGUCGUAUCACACGCUGUUGCAGUUCUUGUCCAAAGACAAACAACAGAACAACCUCACCGUCAAGCCGUUGACCUACCCUGGAUACGACGCGUACUUCGACUCCCAGGCCAGCCCUGCUUACGAAAUCGUCUUCUGCAUUCAUCUGGUCACCGCGAUGGUACUUUAUACGAUCACCACUGGGGCGUACAGCUUGAUCGCCAUUUUUGUUACGCAUAUCUCCGGGCAGAUUCAGAUACAGAUGGCGAGGUUGGAGAACUUGAGGAACGCGCAAGUGGGGAAGGGACAACGGAAUCUCUUGUCGAAUAUUGUUUAUAAUCAUGUGGAGAUUUUGAGAUUUUCGGAGAAUAUGCAGGGGGCGCUGCAGGAGAUAUGCUUUACGGAAGUUGUGGAGUGCACGAUGAAUAUGUGUAUGCUGCAGUAUUACUGUAUUAUGUCAUGGAAAGCAUCAGACGGUAUAAAAAUAAUUACGUAUUUUGCUUUGUUAAUUUCCUUCACUUUCAAUAUAUUCAUAUUCUGCUACAUCGGAGAAGUUUUAACUGAACAGUGCAGCCAAAUCGGUAAAGCUUCCUAUGAAAUCGAUUGGUACAAUUUACCAGCGAAGAAUGCUCACGAUCUCAUUCUGUUGAACAUCGUAUCGCAAAAUCCUCCUAAGCUGUUAGCCGGGAGAAUAAUCGAGUUGUCGUUGAACACCUUCAGCUCUGUAGUUAAAACGUCUGUAGCUUAUAUGAAUUUACUUCGAACUGUUACAGACUGA